AUGGGCCGCACCCGCCCCAAGUCCCGCAAAGCCAAGCCGCCUGCGACGGAAACCGCCGCCGCCGCCGCGUCCGCGCCGUCGCCGUCGGUCCCCGCGCUGCUGGAGAAGGCGCAGGAGCUGAUCGUGCAGUGCGACUACGAGCUCGCGGCCCGCUUCGCGCAGCGGGUGCUCGAGCGCGAGCCCGCGAACGCGGAGGCGAAGGAGGCCCUCGGCGUCGCGCAGCUCGAGAUGGGCGAGCUGCUCGCAGCGAAGGAGACCUUCCGCUCGCUCGUGCCCCCGCAUCCUGGCGCGCCCGCGGCUCCCCCGGCCUCUGCGCACCUGUAUCUCGCGCAGCUCAGCGACGACGACCCGCAGGCGGCGCUGCGGCACUACCAGGCCGCCGUCGACAUCCUCUCCGGGCAGCUGAAGGGGAAGGAGCGCGCGACCGAUGCGCCGGAUUCGGGCGACGACGAGGCCGAGACUCGACGGAGCGUCGUCCGGGCGUUGAUCGGGAUGGUGGAGAUCUGGAUGGAUCCGUCGUACAGCCUCUGCGACGACCCCGCCGCGGAGAAAACGUGCGAGGACCUGCUCGGGCUCGCGCUGCAGACGGACCCGGGGAACACGGAGGCGCUGCAGGCUCUUGCGUCCGUGCGGAUGUCGCAGGAACGGCCGGACGACGCCAAGGUGUGCCUCGAGCAGGCGUGGAAGUCGUGGAAAGACCUCGACCUCGAUGACCCGCGGCUACCGCCUAUACCCUCACGGCUGGCCAUCGUCAAGCUUUUCCUCGAGCUCUCCCUCUACACGCCCGCGCUGCUCGUCCUGCAGGGCAUCAUGGCCUCAGACGACCAGGAGGUCGAGGCGUGGUACCUCGAAGGCUGGUGUUUCUUCCUCAUGGCGGAGCAGGCGAAGGAGAACGGCGGUAAGCUAGACGAACUUACGUGGGAAGAGCUCGCGCGCGAUUCACGCGAUUGCCUGGAGACGACCCAGAUGUUGCACCUGAGCCAGGAGCAUCCAGAUGCGCCUCUCCUGGAACACACACGAGAACUGAUAGGCAAGCUAGAGUCGUUAGGCAUCCAGCCUUCUCCUGAGCAGGACGGAGAGGAUGGGGAGGAAUGGGAAGACGCAGAGGAGAGCGACGAAGACGACGUUGACAUGUCGUAG